AUUUGCUACAAAUAUCCCUCAGAGGCAAUUACACUGCAGGGUGAUAAGCACAGGCUGCAGCUGAAGUGUCACUUUCCACACAGAAGUCAAGAGACAACAACUUUAUUGCAGACAUGAGUCAAGUCUUGGACAUUGAGCGCUGUGAUCUGAACAUUAGGAGUAAUAACAGCAGCCAUCAUACAGAACUGUAUAGAGAGGAGCGUUUGAUUGUCAGGAGGGGACAGCCCUUCAUCAUCAUUUUGCAUCUGAAACCUGGCAGCAAAGAGUUCAAACCGGGUGAAACAAGCUUCACACUCAUCGUUGAAACUGGUCCAUUACCCAGGAAAAGAUCAGACACCAAGGUUUCCUUCAGUCUUCGUGACUCCACAGUGGACACGGAAUGGAGUGCAUCUGCUAUUAAAGAUCCUUCUGGAAACACAGUGUCUGUGUCUAUCAACUCCUACUACUAUAGUCCCAUAGGAGUUUAUUCUCUGACUCUGGACCAGGAAGGCCAGAAGACUAGUUUAGGACAGUUCACCCUGCUUUUUAAUGCUUGGUGCCCCAGAGAUGCUGUUUACAUGCACAGUGAGACAAAGAGGCAGGAGUAUGUUUUAGCACAACAUGGGCAGAUCUACAGGGGAACAUAUAAACGCAUCAAAGCGGCACCCUGGAACUUCGGACAGUUUGAAGCAGGAAUACUGGAUGUCUGUCUGAAGAUCCUGGAUCAAAACCCCAAAUUUCUGUCUGAUGCUGACAAGGACUGCUCUGCAAGGAGAAAUCCCAUCUAUGUGACCAGGGUGCUGAGUGCCAUGAUCAACAGUUUUGAUGACAAGGGUGUGCUGGUGGGGGAGUGGGGAGAGUUUUCAGGUGGGGUUCAUCCAGGACUGUGGAUCGGCAGCGGGGACAUUCUGCGCAAGUGGGCAGAAAGUGGCCCUGUCCGCUACGGCCAGUGUUGGGUUUUUGCUGCUGUUGCGUGCACAGUAUCUCGAGCCCUGGGCAUUCCAUGUCGAGUGGUUACCAACUUUGGAUCAGCUCACGAUACUAAUGCUAACCUGGUGAUAGAAAACCUGUAUGAUGAAGAUGGCAAAAGAAUUUCUGCAGGUGAUUCGAUAUGGAAUUUCCAUGUUUGGGUGGAUAGCUGGAUGACUCGUCCAGACUUGGGGUCUGAGUUUGAUGGGUGGCAAACCAGCGACCCAACCCCACAGGAGAAAAGUGAUGGUGUUUUCUGUUGUGGACCGGCCUCACUGAGGGCCAUCAAGGAAGGAGAGCUGACCAAGAAGUAUGACACUCCCUUUAUUUUUGCUGAGGUUAACGCAGAUGUUGUGGACAAAGUGCAACUUUCAAAUGGACAGUUUGUCAGGUUCAGUGGGUCAACUAAGUCUGUUGGACGCUUCAUCAGCACAAAAGCUGUGGGCUCAGAUAAGAGACAAGACAUCACACACCAGUACAAGUAUCCAGAAGGAUCAAAGGAGGAAAGGCAGGUAUAUGAGAAGGCCCAGCACCACAACAAGCUACAGCAGCGAGGAGAAGAGCCGGGGCUCCAUCUCAAGAUCAAGCUUUCUGACAACAUGAUCGUGGGCUCGGACUUUGAGGUGUACGCCGUCCUCACUAACAACCACAUGGAGGCAAGAGCCUGCACUUUCCUGUUCCUUGCCAAAGCCGUCGGCUACAACGGAAAACUAGGACAGACCUGUGCAUUUGCUUCAGACAAAGUGGAGGUGCCCUCUGGAGAAGAAAGGCGCCUGUCCCUCAGACUGGAGUAUGACAGUUAUGGAUCAGUGAUCACCUCGGACAGUCUGAUCCAGCUGUCAGCCAUCACCGUCGACAAGCAGUUCAAUGACUACCACAAGGCUGAGAAGACUAUUGUGCUAGACGAGCCAGAUAUACAGAUCAAGCUGAAGGGAGAAGCCACAGUGAACCAGCCUGUGACUGCGGAGCUGACCUUGUUGAACCCUUUACCAGAGCCGCUGCAGGACUGCAGCUUCACCACAGAGGGGGUCGGCCUCACUGGCGGCAAACUCAUAACAAUGAAGAUUGGAUCUGUGGAGCCCAAGCAGAAAGCCAGAGCCAGUGUUGAGUUCAUUCCUACCAGUGCUGGCUCCAGCAUGCUGGUGGUGAACUUUGAUAGCGACAAACUGAGGAACGUCAAGAGUUUUAUCAAUGUUGUUGUGAAGGGCUGAGCCAGUACAGAGUCGGCCAACAGUAACAGCUUUUUUAUAUUGUUGUUUAAUUGAGCUACAGUGGCUAUAGAUUACAAGGUUUCCCUUGGCAUAGGGGCCUGAGGCUUUAUAUUUUUAAUCCACUUAUUAUUUACAUAGUUAUACUAGAAUAUACUCUGCUAUUAUACAUUAUUUUUCUGAGUAAUUUUACUUAGAAACACAGUGACCCACAUCCUCUAACCAUUAUGUGCAUUGCCUCUGAAGUCCGCUACAACAGAAUUAAUAACUCACACAUUUACUUUACAUGAAUGAUAAAUAAAGUUGGAUUUAUUUUUGAUUUGAUUACAUUUAAACUCAAUGUGACCAGCAAUUCCACAACUCUUUUUG